GGGAAGACACACACACAUAUAUAUAUAUAUAUAAGUUUAGAUUUACAAACAGAGAGUGGCAAAAGGGUAUCAUGUAUGGUAAUACUAUUCUCUGUUUGGGAUUUAAGCCCAAUAGAUUAGGUCGGAUACUUCCAACAUUUACUCAUAGUGCAAGCUUAGCGUGUUUUAGACGUCCGCUUGUUCUAUUUAGCUCAUUUGAAUCCUUUCGCUUCCUUAUGUAUAGCCAUGCCCAAUCUCGAUCUGAAUUGGUAUCUUCCUAUCGGUGGGCUUCGUCUAGUGGUCGUGGGUCUCGGUCUACAUCGAAACCGCAAUCCACCACGGCGCGGAAGAUCCUUCCUCUAAAGAAGAAAAUAGCCAAAGUUCCACUCCCCAAAGUAAGCAAAACUAAAUCCAAGUCUCCUAAAAAGCGAACCUCUAAACGUAAGCUAACACCUCAUCAGGUGCAAGCUAUUAAGUAUAACAAACGAGUCGGAGCGAUCGCAAAGCUUUGGGACGAGCAAGAAAAGUCCUUGCCGGGGGAACCCUUUACAUAGUGUUUCAAUAUGACGGAAAGAGGCAAUUCUGGGACGUUACGAUUGAUAUCUUUCUUUUAAAUAAAUUAUAACUUGCCUUUUUUUGUUAUCUAAAUCUCUUUUGUACACCUCAGUGAAAUUUAGUUUACUGAAUCACGGAGCAUCUAGAAGUAUUUCCUUCCCUCUCCCUCGCUUUGGAGAAGGUGCCUUUUGUUCUUUGUACUCCAUUACACAGGCCAAUUAUAAGUAUUAGACGUAAGCUUGUAUUAUUAUAUAUACACCAACCCUCUAUUUUUAUAAAUAUCAUAUGCUACGCGCAUUCAUAGAGGAAAAAAAAAGUAUUUAAAAGCGAUCCCCCCAAAGAUGAAACUUUUAGGAAGUAUACCUCUUACUUGGAAU